AUGUCUGACGCCGAGGACCCCCAUCCGGACAGUACCUACAAGGAGGGACAGCAUCUGCUGGUCCGAUCGUAUGAUGGCCAAUUCGCUGCAACGGUGACUGCUGUAGAAAACCAUCGCGAUUUCCCCAUGGGCGCCGACUUUUGGUAUAAUCUCCGGUUUAAGAACUUGGGACACCAUCACGAUUGGCAAAUGAGACAGGAUGAACUCACUAUGGUGCUCGAGAGACCACUGACUUCACAGGAAUUCCGAAUGUUCGGAAGGGUCGCUGUUCCGAAGGAGACUGUGCGGCUUCGCGUGUUUAUUGAAAAACCAGUGCAAUUCCCGCCGAAGCUUUGGAAUGUGCUCCAGAAAGACCAGAAAGAGAUGCAGCAAGGAAAGUGGAUGCAAGUUGGUGGCAGUCCUACCAUCAUGGAUGUUAUGAAGAAGUACCUCGAGCGCCCUCUCAACGAGGAGAUUAAAAGCCUUGAUGCUGAACAGCAGUUCUACUUCGCUCGAUGGGUCUGCGAGGAGUUCAACGACCGUCUAUUUUCCACACUAUACACGCUUGAGCGCUGGCAUGCCCUCGAGAUUCGUCGAGAGUUGCUGGAAAAAGAUGAGGAAUUCUACCCUUGCCGCAUCUACGGCAUCAUACACUUGUUGCGCUUUUGCUAUCUUCACUUCGUGCGAAGCCCAGAAGUGUUGCCGGCUUACGUCUCUGUUCUCAUCCCCAGUCUCUUCGACUUCAUGGAAAUAGACCUGCACCGUGACGAACCGAAUGUCUUCGACGCCAUCUACCAAGCUCUCCCA